CGUGCUGUCAAGCCAACUUGAUGCCAGAAAAAAAUCGAGUGGAAAUAUAAGAAGAGGGGGCUUAGUAGCCAAUCCUUGCCUCUCUCCCCCUCUUGUUUGCGAGCGCAACUGGACUUGUGGACAACUUGACGAGAGAGAAAGAUGAGAGGAAGCCUGGUAGCUUGGCUUCUUCUAGAGCUACUGCUAAUGCUUGAGAUGGAUGGGGGCCGAGGUGCACUACAAUAUAACAGGGAGGACUUCCCACAGGACUUCGUCUUCGGUGCCGGAACCUCAGCAUAUCAGGUGGAGGGAGCAGCAGCUGAGGAUGGGAGGAGUCCUUGCAUUUGGGAUACUUUUACUCAUGCAGGAAAGAUGCCGGACAAGAGCACGGGCGACGUGGCCUCCGAUGGGUACCACAAAUACAAGGAAGAUGUCAAGCUUAUGACAGAUACAGGACUAGAGGCCUACAGAUUCUCCAUCUCUUGGUCAAGGCUUCUUCCAAAUGGGAGAGGAGCUCUCAAUCCAAAAGGCCUCGAGUUUUACAACAAUCUCAUCAAUGACCUACUAAAGCAUGGAAUUCAGCCACAUGUUACUCUCUAUCAUCUAGAUCUUCCCCAAGUACUUCAAGAUGAGUAUGGAGGAUGGUUGAGUGCUAAGAUAGUGGAUGAUUUCACAGCGUAUGCAGAUGUGUGCUUUAGGGAAUUUGGUGACAGAGUUUCCCACUGGACCACCAUUACUGAACCAAAUGUUAUCGCAAUUGCUUCAUAUGACACUGGAACAUUCCCACCCGGUCGAUGUUCUUAUCCAUUUGGCAUCAAUUGCAUGGCUGGCAAUUCCACCACAGAGCCAUACAUCGCAGUUCACAACAUCCUAUUAGCACAUGCAUCAGCUGUCAAACUAUAUUGGACUAAAUAUCAAGCUAUACAAAAUGGCUGGAUAGGCUUGAAUGUAUACAGCUUUUGGUCUUAUCCAUUUACAAACUCAACAGCAGAUAUUGAAGCAGCCCAAAGAGCAUUAGACUUCAUGAUAGGCUGGAUUAUGAAUCCCCUGGUGUUUGGGGACUACCCUGAAGUCAUGAAGAAGAAUGCUGGCUCAAGGCUCCCACUCUUCACCAAAAACCAGUCCAGACAAGUGAAGGGUUCAUUUGACUUCAUUGGUCUGAAUCACUAUUUUUCAGAAUAUGUCAAAGACAACUCCAAUGGUUCCAGGACAGGUCCUAGAGACUUUAAUGCAGAUAUGUUUGUUAAAUUCACAGUUUCUAAGAACAUAACACCCAUUCCACAGCUUAUUCCAAUGGGCGCACCAACAGAUCCAAGAGGGCUGCAAUAUAUGUUGGAGUACUUCAAAGAUGCCUAUGAAAAUCCUCCUAUUUAUAUCCAAGAAAAUGGUUAUGGACUGGGAGUAUUUAACAGCACUCUCCAUGACACUGCCAGGAUAGAUUUCUUGAGUGGUUUCAUAGGAAGUACAUUAGAUGCUAUCAGGAAUGGAUCAGAUGUGAGAGGAUAUUUUGUGUGGUCAUUCUUAGAUGUAUUUGAGUUCUUGGCAGGGUAUUCAUCAUGCUUUGGACUCUACUAUGUGGAUUUUGAGGAUGAGAAGCGUGAAAGGAUACCGAAGCUAUCUGCAUUUUGGUACUCCAACUUCCUCAAGAAGAAGAAUGACAUCAAAAUAGAAAGGACUGGUGUCAAUGCCAAAUAUAAUGCUCAACAAUGAGCUUUCUUCAGGUUAUCUUCUGUUGGAGUGGAAAUGGUGCAAAACAGAAUUCAAUGCAUAUAGUGGCUAUUUGAUGUGCACUCCAUAAAUGGCUUGAUCCUUUGAAGGUUAUGAGAAUAAUAAGGCACCCUAGGAAAAGAAAUUUAUGAUCCUAUUGCAUGCUGUGCUUCAGUAAGCUAUAUUAGUUUUCAUGUGAUGGCAUUUGAGCUAUGAGUGGAUUUUUUCUGUUUAUAAUUUUGAGAGAAUUUUUUUCCAUUAUAAUUACAUACAAGUUAUUCAUGUUAAAAAAA